AUGCGCACGCACACACGCACACAACGCAUUUUGUUACAGAAUAAGCAACGACCAGCUUGCGUGUCUGCAGACGCUCGAACACUCGAACCGUGUCUUUCCUCUUUCUUUCUCUCUCUCUCUCUCUCUCUAUCUAUCUAUCUAUCUCUAUCUAUCUAUCUAUCUGUCUAUCUAUGUUAUUUUAUUAUUACUAUUUUUAUUCUUUUGUUUUUUUUUCUCUGCAUUCUUGUCACCCUUGAAUUUCAUUCGUUGUUUCCUCGAUCUCACUAUGUUUUCUUUUAUUCUAUUAACGUCACACUUUUCUCUCCCAUGGCUUCGAUUGGCAUCUCCCCCCCCCCAUUUGCUUCUAUGAGCAACUUCCUUUUCUCCCCCCAUGCUUUCCUUUACCGGUUCCUUUUCUCUCCUGUUGCUUACUUUAACGUCUGCUUUUUUUGCUCGCGUCUAUCUUUUUCCCCCGUUGCUUACAUUAGCGUCUCUCUUUCACCGCUCGUUGCUUCCAUUACCAAACUUCCAUUAGCGUCUCCCUUUUCUACCUCGUUUCUUCGAUUAUCGGGUCCCUUUUCUCUACCGUUUCUUCCAUUAUCGUCUCCUUUUUCUAUCCUAUUGCUUCCGUUAGCGUCUUCCUUUUCUUCCCCUUCGUUUUCUUUAACGUCUCUCUAUUCUCUCCAGUUGCUUCCAUUAGCGUCUUUCUUUUUCUCUCUUGUCGCUACCUUUAGUGUCUCCUUUUUCUCCCCAACUGCUUCCAUUAUCAUCUCCCUUUUCUCCAUCGUUGCUUCCUUAUAG